AUGCAAGAGGCGAGAGACAGAACGGAGAGUCCGGUGGACUACGCGGCGAUAUUCGCCAUCAACAGACGCCAUCACGGUGUGUUACUCGACGAGGCAGCCUCACGAUUCGGUGCGUUUGAACAUCCAAUUCAGAGAUUGCCAUCGGGUUCUCGGGUGUAUGCACAACCUGAAUCUUUGCUUGGAGGAAAUUACAGUUCAUGGAGGCCUGAUAGUGGUAAUGAGAGUGGUUACAGUCCGUUUAGAAGGGAGAAAUUGUCUUGGUCUAGGCGAGGAAAAGAUGGUGCUUUACGGAGUUUACUACCUUCUUGGUACACGAGGACCCCUCUACGUGAUAUAACUCAUAUCAUACGGGUAAGUGAGACUCCAACUAAGCAACAAGUUUAUGUUCUUGAUACUCCAGUUGCUGCAUCGGCAGAUGAGCACAAUUUCGUAAUGGUGACGCAUGCUCUGGCUGUGGGAUUGAAGCGUAUGUUUCCAGCGUCAACUGCUAGACUCCAUAAGAUGGUGCUUGACUACAUCAAGAAGGAGAUAUCUGCGGGGGAGGAAGAAGAAGCAGAGUUCAUCACAUCUGAGAAGAAGCUACUCAAUUCUAUUGAGAUGGUGGAGAAAAUAGUGAUGGACGAGAUUCAGAAAAUGCAGAGCACUCCUCUUGCUAAAAGGGAAGAGCGGAAGAAAAAAGUGAAGUGUUUGGUGGUAAUGCAGAGAUUCACGCUUAAGAAGAAGUGACCAGAGACAGAACCUAUCAGCGACUU